UUUUUUUUUUUUAACUGAUCGGUCAAUUGAUACGAUUCGAAAAUUGAUCCGUUGAGAUCCAACGUCCACCCACGCCAACAAAAACCCCCCAUACCGCCUUGACUAUCGAACCACGUGUAUUUUACGUUCCCAUAUUCGUCAAGCACAACAAAUAGACAAGAUGGGGUCGACGAAGCCAGAGAAGGAGAAGAAGGACAAGAAGGACAAGAAGCGCAGCGAGGCCGACGGCGUGACGAAGUCGAAGAAGGACAAGAAGGAGAAGAAGGAUAAGAAGGAGAAGCUUAAGACCGCCGUCAAUGCCGCCCUCGACGAGCAAUUAGAUGCCGACACCUCGGUCUCCGUCGCCGUCGUCAAGGGCGGCGAGGAGAAGGUCGCUACUAAGGUCCUAGUCCCCGUAGUCGGUGCUCUGGUACCCUUCGCGAAGCCAUUGGCGGACGAGAAGGGCACCAAGAAGAUCAUGAAGACCGUGCGGAAGGCCGCGAAGCACAAGAUGCUGAAGCGCGGCGUGAAGGAAGUUGUCAAGUCGCUGCGCAAGUCCCCGGCUAGCGGACCGGGCAACACGUCGUUCCCGGGCGUCGUGAUCCUGGCCGGCGACAUCAGCCCGAUGGACGUGAUCAGCCACAUCCCCGUGCUGUGCGAGGACGUCAACGUGCCGUACAUCUUCGUCGCGUCGCGCGCCGAGCUCGGCGCCGCCGGCAGCACCAAGCGGCCCACCAGCGUUGUCAUGGUGACCGAGAAGCGGACGGGGGGCAAGAAGGACACCAAGGCCGAGAAGAUCGACGAGGAGGACGCCGAGGACUUCGCGGAGGCGUACAAGGACUUGGUCAAGCUGGUCGAGAAGGAGAGCAAGCAACAACUCAAGUUCACGUAAA